AUGCCGAAGAACAAGGGUAAGGGAGGGAAGAAUCGGAAGAGGGGAAAGAACGAGGCGGAUGACGAGAAGCGUGAACUCGUAUUCAAAGAGGAUGGCCAGGAGUACGCACAGGUGCUUCGUAUGCUCGGAAAUGGCCGCUGCGAAGCCACAUGUAUAGACGGCACGAAGCGCCUCUGCCAUAUCCGUGGAAAGAUGCAUAAAAAAGUCUGGAUCGCUGCUGGAGAUAUUAUCCUUGUCGGACUGCGUGAUUACCAAGAUGAUAAGGCUGAUGUAAUCCUCAAGUACAUGCCAGAUGAAGCAAGAUUAUUGAAGGCUUAUGGUGAACUGCCGGAGAGCACGAGGCUCAAUGAGGGUAUUGCUGGUGGUCUUGAUGAGGAGGAUGAUGGUGCGGGAGACGAUUACAUCGAAUUCGAGGAUGAGGACAUUGACAAAAUCUAG